AUGUCGGGGUUUACCGCCGCGUCGAGCAGCAUGCCUGCACACACGGCCAAUGCUGUCGACGGUGGCCCAUCAUCCCUCCCGAUCCUGCGGGGUGCGGUGGAUACAGUGUCCCAGGAGUGCCAUGCUCGUCUGGGGUUAACUCCCGAUGAACUUCAGGAAAAGUCACCUACGGUUGAUGUCUUUUUCGAUGCCAUUGCCGGCGAGCGGCUGCGGCGGAUGCCCGCGGAUGGCAGUCGUCUCGACAGCACUUUGCGACGAGCGUCUCGAUUAGCUUUUGCUGUUGCCUCUCUACGCGAUUCCGUUACAAGUUUCAUGGAUGGUGCCGAAGAGGCGACGACGAUGAUCUGGGGAGCAACCCUGCUUUUGUUAGAGAUGGGAAUCGACAAUAUCGAUAUGAUCGAUGCCAUUUUCAGCAGAUAUGGACGGGUGACGUUGGGGAUUUCGUACCUGCUUCAAGAAGAGAACGAAUUUCAGAGCUCGAGGGCGUUACAGCGAGAGGUUGCUGAGAUUUACGCCCACCUACUACAACUGGUCGUUCAUAUAUCCUCGGAAUAUCGUCAGGUUAUGCGAACUCAAAAUUGGCAGUCUAUGAAUGAGGUUCUAAACCAUGGCUUUUUCUGCUACUUCAGUCGAUUCACAAUUCAUUGGCGCCGGAUACGGAAGGCAAGCUGGGGUGCUGUUAAGUCCAAAAUGCAGCACGUCGACCUGGAGUCUGUCUAUCAGUUUCUCGAGAUCCAAGACCGCCCUCUCCAAAUGCUGCUUGAGAGCCAAGCCCACUCGCUGGCAGAUGGGUCGUUCUCGUGGUUCGAGUCACAUUUAACCACCUUCACAGUUGGGCCGCGGAGCUUGAUGCUUGUGCGAGGAAACCCAGGUGCUGGAAAGAGCGCACUGGCCCAGUGGACGAUUGAGCGCCUACAGGUCUCUUCGGAGUAUGACAUUUGGAAUGUCAUUCCCAUCGUAAUUCGGUCUGAUGUGCAUAUAACGACAUUGACCCUCAGCAUUCUCAAAGGCAUAUUGAUACAAAUGCUUGACUGCUGCGUAACGAGUCGCAAGACCCAAGACGAUAUAAUUGCAGUUGUUGCCGAUGCACUGACCGAGGCUGAGACGGGCGCAUCGGACUCCCAGGUCGAGGGGCUUUUGUGGACGGCAAUCCGCACAGCUGCACAAUCUAAUCUACAUUUCAUGAUCGUGGUUGACGGCAUGGAUCAGAUAAAAAACGCCACGAGUAACGUUGGAGCUUUUCUUGAGCUUCUACAAGCUACUGUCGCUGAUACGCCGUCUAAACUGAUAAUUUUUACCCGUCCAAUGAACAAAGAACAGAUUCCUAUACGCGAAACUACGACGACGCACCAGGUUGCUAUGGACGCAUCUAUUACCGAGAACGAUUUGACGGCUUCUAUCCACGACAUGGUGACCUAUGAUCCCGCAUUCGUCGGGCUGAGUACAUCACAGCGUCAGCCAUUGAUAGUUGCAAUUGCAUCUCGAUGCCAGGGCUGCUUUAUAUGGGCGCAGCUGGCUGUUGAAGAGGUACGCGCUCAGCACACUUACAGUGAUAUGCAGUCAGCAGUUAGCGAGAUCCCCAACAAUCUGGGAGGGCUCAUUGACCUGCAUCUGCGCCACACCAAUCUCCAGAGACCCGGCACUCAUAGCCUCCUUGCUUGGCUUACGGUUGCAGAACGUCCGCUGCGGCCCCAUGAAGUCGAGCAAUUGCUCUGUGUGGACACACAGACCCACAAGCUGUCGACAUGGCACGGGAAUAUAGAGCGGGACGUAUUCGAGCCUCUUAGACGGCUGGUUACAGUGCGAGACGGCUUCGUCACUUUCCGCCACCCUAUCAUCCGCGAACAUAUCCAAGCUAGGGCAAAAAUGAGAAAGGUAGUCAAUUUCACUAUGGGAGAUGCGCACCACGACAUUCUGAUUCGUGCCUUGACAUGGGUUCGCCGAAACUUAACGGAUGAGAUACCUAUAUCUUGGGAUAAAAUGCCUGUUCUCGCGCGAGACCGCUACCUUGAUGCGUUCAUCUUGCUUGAAUAUACAGCCCGCUACUGGAUGUCACAUAUGCUCUCUUCGAGCAUGGCCACAGAGGACGAGGUCUCUUACUCACAGGCCUUCCAACGCGCACUGCCUGACUCGGUACUGUUCGCCCAGUUAGAGCUUACCAAUCGGGAGUCUCAAUUCAGCCGGUCGAGUAUCGUCAGGCUGUACAAGAUUGCCGUGACGGUACGACGCGAUGUUCUAGGCAUUGACUCUCCGGCCGUUUUGCAAAGCCUCAUCAUGAGCGCCCGUGCGGCAGACCGGGCUCAGGCGCCUUGGGCUAAUGAGCAUCUUUAUGAAGCAUGGACGCGCAGUCGCAUGCGGUUGGGCCCAACCCACCCUAUAACGCACGACCUCGAGCAGCUUCUUGUUGCCACUUCCGAAGGCGCAGGUCGAGCGGACCGCACAGCUGGUUUGAAAACAGACGCACUCCGAGGCAUGGCGUUGGACGGCUGGGGGUCGUCAGACAUCAGUUUCGCUCAGCGAUUACAAUAUCUUGACCGACUGGUCAAGGCCUGUGACAAGGAGAACCAACACGACAAAGCAUACGAUGUCUCGAAACAGUUCUACCACCAGACUAUCAAAGUCUACGGGCCGUAUUCAUCGGAAACGAUGGCUGCGGCUGAGUACCUCACCAAUAACUUUGACAUCGCUCCCCCAGAUGAGCUUGCGUUAGAGCUCGCCCAGGCAAAGUACGAGACCAUGGUUCGCUCAAUGGAUGCCUCGGAUCCGCGUCGAGUAGAAUAUUCACUCUCACUGACCAAGAUGUAUGAAGAAAACUCUCAGCCGGCAAGAGCUGAGGAGGUUUUGACCAAGUUGUGGCAGAGUUUGUGCGGUCCGGAUAAAGAGCACAAGGCACCAUGGGACCAAAAGACAAAAGUCGUGUUCUACUAUUCCAAGUUUCUCGAGCGACAAGGCCACCAUGAUGAAGCCGCUGCGCUUCUCCGUCAGUUGUCCGCCGAUUUAGAGGCAGAAGGCGGUGUUCGGUCUGCACAAAUGGCCAGCCGUGCGCAGCAGUUACGGCGGGAGGCUCGUGAGAUGCAACUAUACGAUAUGGAUCGGACUCUGGGAAUGCAAUUAUGGAAGUACUACAAGUCCACAAACCAGCAGUAUCAUGCGGAUGCCGUGACCUUAGCACGGAAUCUCAUUGAAGGAGCCAUACCAAAGGAAGGACACACUGCCGAGAUGGGUAACCUUUCAGUAGAGGAGAGUAAGAUGCUCCCUGAAUGGAUCGAUAGUAUCGCUUCUGCCGUGACGACUGAGACGAGUUCACGAAUGCCUUUACUCCGGCUGUGCCACCAGCUGGCGCGCCAGUAUAUGAAAGACAGCCAAUGGCGCCAAGGAAGCGAGAUUGUAUGCGCGGUGCUGAAGCAUACAUGGCCUAGUUUUGAGGACCCCGGAUCCAAAGAGAAGUUCUCAUGGAACGAAGCUCCUAUUAUGGCCGACUUAGCUCAGGACCACGCCUACUGUCUAUUCCGUCGACUUGAUGUCCCGACAGCGAGUAUUGUCUACGGAAAUGCGUUCAAGGCAGCGAUAACUGCCGAGCAGGUGGAAGUGCAGUCUGUUACGACAGUAGUCAAGACUGUGGUGGACUUCUAUGAGAAUACUUUCCAAUUCGAUAAAGCGUUGGUUCUCCUGCGUCAGGUCAGCGAGUUCUUCGCCCUGCGGUUGGGCGAGAAGGAUAAGCACACGCUUGAUAGCCGCUACUAUGAAGGCGAUCUUGCAUUUCGCCUUGACCGUCGUGCAGAAGCCGAAAGCAGCUACCGUCACAUAUACAAGGCGUGCAUUCGGGAUGGCAAAAUCUCAUCGUCAGGUGUGCGUGCUGCUGUAGCUCUCGUUGCAAUUUACGAGCAAAACAAGCAAUGGGAUGCAGCUCUUGGGGUGUACCGGAACUUGUGGCCGACCUUAGUGCGCUUUGAUGAAAAGGACGGCUACGAUCGUGCUCUCCUCGAGGGUUUACUUCCCAAGACAUACCCUGCUUACAUGUCCCUUCUAACGCAUUCCGCUGUCAAGGCGGACCAUACCGAGCGCCUGCAAGUCGCCUCGGAGCAUCAGCAGCUCUGCCGCAAGUUGUACGGGCCAACACAUGCCCGAACGCGCGAUGCGACGCUCCUUCUAGCAGAGCUUUCUGCGGAGAGUGAUCAACAUUCGGGUGAUGCUAUUCAUCUGUACCAACAAGUACUGAACACGCACGACUGGGUUCCACAGUCUGAAGCCUCCCGUGCUUUACCGGAUAUGAAGGACCCCCUCUCAAUUGACAUCAAGCACCGGAUGGCCCAGUUGUACCUGCGGCAGGGUCAAGCGUCUCCUGAGGCAAGAAAGUUGUAUAUGGAGGAGCUCACUCUGGCUAAGCAGCAGCAGGGACUGUCGGCGCCGACAACCCUGCUAUGGUUACAAGAAAUCUGCCGGAUGCAUGCUAGCUCCGAGUCUGCCACAUCGCGUCAACAGGGGGCCAAAAUCCUCACUGGGCACGUUGACGAGGUUAUUCGGGUCACUGGAAAUCAGCAGACCCUUGCCGACCGGGGCCGAAAACUGGCAGAGAUUUACUUGGAAUGCGGGUACAUUGAUGAAGGCAAUGCGUUGAUCAAUAGCCUACGCCAACAGGUCGUUCAAGAGACACCGGCUGCGCAUCGUCAGGCUUUGGAUGAACACCGGCCUGCUGUUUUUGUGGCGGCGUUCGAGGAAGUCUUUGGCAAGCGGCAGUCGGCACGAGAGAUUUUGAACGAGUUGACCCACGAAGGACAAAUAUACAACAACUUCCAGCAGAGCCUUGCGAGCCAUGACCUCAUGCCAACAUUGGCAGUUGGCGACAAGCUGCUUCGUCUGCAAAACCAGCGAAAGCAAACCCAAGCCGCGAAGAACACUGAAGUGCAGUUGUACCAAUACUUUUGCAAUACCUUGUCGGUGGCACGGCCUGCUCGCCAGAAAGAGAUUGUGCAUGUAUUCUACGACAUGUGUCGCCGCGAGAGCCUUAACGAGAACUACACCUUUGAUAUUGUCACCCAGGUUACAGGUCUUGUGCGUGACCUGUGCAACACAGGCAGGUUUGAAGAUGCAGCCACUGUGACUGGCGUGUUCCACUCCUUUGCCCAUCUAACCGACAGCCUGCGAGCAAUGGAGACCAUAUUCACUGCUAUCAAGCUUUGCCUGUACCUCAGCGGAUACCAGACCAACAAGUGCACCGAUGAAGCGAUCGCAAAAAGAAUGGCCGUCGAGUCAGAGAUGCUCCUUCAGGGGAUCAUGAAGAAUGCAAAGGAGAUACCGCUGGAAUUCACCGAGUUGCCGUUUACCGAGCUCAACGAUCUCAUUACCGUACUAGGCGAGCACGAGAUGUUCGAAGACCUCGAGUCCAUUCUCACGGAGCUCUGGACCUCGCGGAUGAUCCAGAAGACCUGGUCUCUCUCUGCAGUCGUCUGGAUCGGCCGGCGCCUGGUCGAAACCCGCUUCUGCCGCGGCCAUGUCAACGCAGCGAUCCAGCUCGGCAAAGACAUCUGCUAUAACCUGCGCCAAGUCUGGGGCAACUGUGACCCGGUCACUCUAGAAAUGAACAAGCUGCUGUCGGGCCUGUACACCGCAUCUGGAAACUAUCUCGCCGCUGCAACAUUACACGAGACCGCGCUGUCAGAGCUCCUCAACAGCGAUGAACAUGGGAAGAACGGCGCCGUUGAAGCCGUGACGCAGCAUCUCGAGCUCCUGCAGCAUGCGCAGAUGCGCCUCGCGAAGGAAGGACAGAGUGCAGCGAUCGAUGCAGCGACCGCGCACGAGAGAGUGCAGCAGAUUGCGACCAAGUUCGGCCUCCCAGUUGAGCGGUUGCAGGCAGCGACCGCGUCGUCGGACGAGUCGGUGGGCAUGUGGCAGCGGCCGAGGCGUUUCAGUUUGGAUGUGGAGGAGGUAGAGAACCAUGAGAACCACCUACGGCAGUCGAGCGGGUCAGCGCUGUUGUCGGGGAAUGCGGGAGCAAAGAGGAUUUCGAUCACGGCGCUGUAAUCGCUCUUUCAGUACCCUCUUGUCGCUAAUGUUUACAUAUCUGCUAUAUGUUGUUGCUGUUAUUGUAACCAUUGUACUGUAGCCGCGGUUUGAGUGUGUAGUAAUGUAUGUCAUGUGCCGCUUUUC